AUAUUUUGUGUAUACCACCGUCUUCCUGUAUCAGUCAACUUGUUUCUUUGGAACAAGCUACAUAGCUUCACACAACGUUUAGCUGGACGCAUCCGAGCACAUCUCCCAAUGUGGCUCGACCAUUGAAUAUACCUGUACCUGGUCAAAAGCCUUCCACCUAAGAACAGUUCGUUCCAAAGUGACCAAAUAUCGCAUAAUUGCAGUGGCCGACGCAAUUAUUAUUCCUCUUAAUCACUCCCUCCGUGUAUACACAAGCACUUUGGGAAGUCUCCGGUUCUGAUGUGGCUAGCUGUCUUCCGUACAGUUUCGUAAGCGGCGACCACAACCGCAGGGGCAACUGACAGCACGAGUAUCGUUUUGACACACCGUGUUUACUUCACUACUAAUAGUGUUACCUAGAUAAAUGUGUUUUGUUUAGCUUAAGAAUAAAUCACCGAAAACUGUCUGAUUUUUACACUGGUUUCUCCUUGUGCGUUCAUUAUUACUUCGUCCCGAUGAGUUCACUGAUGAGCCGGCCUCAAUCGGACCGAUUCGGAGAGAUCAUGGUUAAAUAUUUAAAGCCGCUCGCACCGCUGUUUGCUGUAGGGACUAUCAACACGAACUAAAUCACGCGGUACAACUAAAGCUACCACAUGAGCUUAGGCGUUAUGCAAUUUGCCAUCUACGCACCUGCUUGCUACCUCGCUUCCCAACUUUCUAUCGGCAUUACCUUCCCAGCUGAUCCACGUCAAUGCCGUGCGCCUGAGUGUGUAUCACGUGGCAAGGCCAUUCGGCUUCAAGGUCUAGCGUCCACUUCUGUUCUCCGUUCGCCUGCGACAAUCGAUGGCAACUGCGAAGCACGUGCGCCCAAGCUAUGGCGAAACAAGCUGUCCAGCGGGAACUCUCUAGUGUGGGCUCUUCGCCACACAACUCCACUGCUUCCAACUUUUCCAUGGUAUCCCAUCGAACGACUGACAUCGGAACUUUCUAGGCAUCUUCCGCGAGCAACGAAGGCACAAUCUUCCAAUUUUCUGCUAACUCAAUUGAUGGCGAACUUGUCUCCCUGGAGAAAUAUCGGUAAUUGGCAUGACUUAUCUUCAGUCUGUAGAGGUUUUGUUACUUUGAUCGUCAAUGUUGCGUCCAAGUGUGGAUUAACGGACACCAACUACCGCCAGCUGCAGGAGUUGCACACACGCCUGGCUGGCAAAGGACUUCGUAUUUUGGCAUUUCCGUGUAAUCAGUUUGGCCACCAGGAACCUUGGUCAGACACUGAAAUUAAGCGUUGGGUCACAGAAAAGUAUAACGUAGAGUUUGAUAUGUUCAGCAAGAUCGACGUCAAUGGUUCCAAUGCCCAUCCUCUGUACAAGUUUUUGAAACAUGAGCAAGGUGGCUUUCUCAUCUCGGCAAUCAAAUGGAACUUUGCGAAGUUUUUGGUUGGCCGUGAUGGAAUACCGGUUCGUCGAUAUUCCCCCCAAACCAAACCCUUAGAAAUUGAGAAGGAUAUCAUUGCAUUGCUUGAACAAUAA